UCCUUCUAAGACUCCAAACAAUUCAUCGGGUCACCAAGAUCCAGUCGAGGAGUGAGCUGUAUAGUUGCCAGCACCUGGAGGCCUCUGGGCAAGCGAGUGGUCAUCCCGAAGGACUUCUGUUCCCUAAUCAAGAGUCAGUAUGGGGGCCGGGGCGAGCGCCGAGGAGAAACACUCCAGGGAGCUAGAGAAGAAACUGAAAGAGGACGCUGACAAAGAUGCCAGGACCGUCAAACUUCUGUUGCUAGGUGCUGGUGAGUCAGGGAAAAGCACAAUUGUCAAACAGAUGAAAAUUAUUCACAAAGAUGGUUACUCCCUCGAAGAGUGCUUGGAGUUCAUUGUCAUCAUCUACAGCAACACCAUGCAGUCGAUGCUGGCCAUUGUGAGGGCCAUGACCACACUCAACAUUUCCUAUGGAGAUGCCGCUGCACAGGACGAUGCAAGGAAGCUGAUGCACUUAGCUGACACCAUUGAGGAAGGCACCAUGCCAAAGGAGCUGUCUGACAUCAUUCUGAGGCUGUGGAAGGACACAGGCAUCCAGGCGUGCUUUGACAGAGCCUCCGAAUACCAGCUCAACGACUCUGCCGGAUACUAUCUGAAUGACCUGGAGAGGCUGGUCAAACCUGGCUAUGUCCCUACUGAGCAGGACGUCCUGCGAUCAAGAGUGAAGACCACCGGUAUCAUCGAGACGCAGUUCUCCUUCAAGGACCUCAACUUCAGGAUGUUUGAUGUGGGCGGUCAGCGCUCAGAGAGGAAGAAGUGGAUCCACUGCUUCGAAGGUGUGACCUGUAUCAUCUUCAUCGCUGCUCUGAGCGCAUACGACAUGGUGCUGGUGGAGGAUGAUGAAGUGAACCGAAUGCAUGAGAGUCUCCACUUGUUCAACAGUAUCUGUAAUCACCGUUACUUCGCCACCACAUCCAUUGUACUCUUCCUCAACAAGAAGGAUGUCUUCCUGGAGAAGAUCAAGAAAGCUCAUCUGAGCAUGUGCUUCCCUGAUUACGAUGGUCCCAACACCUUUGAGGAUGCUGGUAACUACAUCAAGGUGCAGUUCUUAGAUCUGAACUUGCGACGAGACAUCAAAGAAAUCUACUCCCACAUGACCUGUGCCACAGACACAGAGAACGUCAAGUUUGUGUUUGAUGCCGUAACAGACAUUAUCAUCAAAGAAAAUCUCAAAGACUGCGGUCUCUUCUAAGCAAGCAAUGUGUGGGAUGAGGUGAUUAUAAUAUAAUAUCAAAAAAAUGAAGUAGUAAUAUAAGGAAUAGUAUUGCAUUAUGUUGUUGUAGCAUAUUACAUUUCGCUACAAUUUCUAUAUGUGCAUAACUAAAAAGCCUUUCUUCGUUUAUUGAGAUGCUGAAUCGACAAAACCCAAAACUGACCCUUUGCCCCAUGUAGCCCGUUUUCCUCCCUACAAAUACAAGGGAUCUGAAUUGAUUAAAUCAUGUAGAUGAAUGUAUAUAGUUGUUGGGAUCUACACUUGAUUAAACACACUGCAUGUAAUUAAAUAUCAGAGCCUAAUACAAAUUCAUAGCAGCAAGUCAUAUAUACCAAGACCUAUAUGAGGUGUAUUCGGUUCUAUUAUUAUUUUAUUUUUUUUUACAGUGAUCUGUCCUGUAGAUUUACAACUACACUUCACACAGCUAUAAACCAAAUAACCAUCCUUCUGAAACACCUGCAUAUGCACUUCAGCAUAAUGUUUUGCAAGAGUACAUUAUGAAGUAUUUCAGUUACGCCUUAUAGCAGACACUGCGUAAAGUUCAGGCUUUUAAGCUGAUUGAGAAAAGUUGUGACUUGACUGGGAUACAAAGUUCUAUAUAUUUUACAGAGGAGUUAUAUCACGUUAUGUCCCAUCAGAAUCUCUAUGUAAGAUGGAUGACUUUGAUGAAAAGAUAGCAUUUAUGAAGUUGUUUAGCUAAGGAGCAGCUAGCAGAGAGACAAAGAAUACAACAGCGGAAUUGAAAUGACAUAUAAACCAUAAACAAAUGUAAACUGAAUGAAUAAAGCUUCUGUAGAAAAGAUUGAA